AUGUCGGUCAUCACCAUGGAUCCGGAACUAUCCAAGGAGACCAGUGAAUCAGGUGUAAAGGAUGUUGAAUAUGAUGAUACAGUGAGAAAGGACAUGCAAUCGAGAGCUCUCGACGGGUACUUCGAUGGUUUCGAGGAAGCUAUCCCAAAGAGAUGCUGGCAAUGGCAUUCUGUGGGGAGGAGGGCCCCAGGAGCUAAGAAUAGUGCAGACUGA